ACUGUGGACAGCCAAAAAGAUAAAGAAAUGGCCAUGAGAAACAAGAAAUUUCAGGAAUUUGUGGGUGAACCCAUGGCUGACAAACCUAUCACCGAAGUGGGUGGUAUUGAUGAAGAACUUGGAGCAAAGCUAGCAGCAACGGGCUUUGACAAGGCAUACAUCCUCUUGGGCCAGUUCCUGCUCCUGAAGAAGGAAUGUGCUGCAUUUCAAUACUGGUUAAAGUUGUCCUAUGGAGCCAGUAGCAGCCAGGCUGAGCAGUGUGCCUUAUGGCUCUUGGAGUGGUGCUAUGCAUUCUUAUAG